CUCGUAAUCCAUGAAGGAACUAAGCACCGAAAUAACAAAAUUAUACCUCAUCGUUGCUUACUUACUCAACCUCUUCUUGAUCAAAUCGCAUUUUACCAAGAUGCAUUUGUUGUUCUUAUUAAGAAACGUCUUGAAAAUAUAUUUGUUUUUCUUUUUGAAAAUGAAUCUUCUUUUCGAUAUAGCCCUGUUCAACGAAAGUAUUCCUGUGUAUUUCAGGGCAAGGCUG